AUGAUGAAAUCGUACGGAGUCCCGUCAAAAGGGAGCGGACGAGCGGGUAGGCUUCGGUUGCUAGCUCUGAUUGUGAUAUGCCUGGGGGUGGUGACGUGGCUGCACUAUGACGGCGUGCUGGCCAAGUGCCGUGGCCGCGACGACACGGGCGAGCGCUGCGCGGAGCUCAGCUCCAUGGGCAUGGGCGUGCCGUACCACUCCAAGAAGCCGGAGUACGCGGGGGUGGCGCACUGGUGGCGCACGUCGCUGUACAACGCGGAGCUGCUGCUGCACCACCGCCUGCGCAACCACCUCUGCCUCACGCCGCACCCCUCCCAGGCGCACCUCUUCUACGUCCCCUUCUACCCCGGGCUGCAGCUGGAGCACGUGCUCGGCUUCUCAAACACCACCAUCGACGAGUACUACGAUGACUUGGCGCAGUGGAUUCGCCGCCAACCCGCCUUCAAGCGGUACGGCGCCAAGGACCACUUCUUUGGGCUCGGCCGCACCACGUGGCUCUUCCGCCGCUCGCUCUCCCCCGUGCUGGACGGCGCUAACCUCGAGCAGAUGCCUGAGUUCAUGCCCAUGAUGAAGCUGGAGGUGGAGCGCUAUGCAUGGGACGACCAGGACUCGUUCGGGCUGCCCUUCCCCACGGACUUCCACCCCAUCUCCACCAAGCAGCUGCGCCGCUGGCAGGCCACAGUGCGCAGUGCCAAGCGGCCGUACCAGUUCGCGUGCAUCAUCCCCCCUGACAGCAAGGAGCCGGAGGCGGCCACCAAGACGCGCGCGGCAGUGGUGCAGCAGUGCCAGGCGCCGUCCACCUCGUGCGCGCUGCUCAACUGCAGCCGCGGGGACUGCAGCCACGAGCAGGUCAUGGACCUGUACCUGUCAGCACAGUACGCGGUGCAGGACGGCAGCAACUUCGGGCUGCGCUACCUCAUGGACUCGCUCGUGGCGGGGGCCGUGCCCGUCAUGCUCUGGAACCGCACCUACGCCCUCUACCACCACCACUUCCCCUCCAACCCCGACUCCUUCUCAGUGUACCUGCCGUACAUUGACGUGCCCGAGUGGACCACCGUGGAGCACCGCCUCUCCAAGGUCGCCCCCGCCCGCUACCGUGCGCUGCAGCUGCAGGUGAUCCACAUGAUUCCAUCGCUCAUCUACGUGGACCCCUCACAUGUCCUCUCCAACGUGCGCGAUGCUGUCGAUAUUGCCAUCGACCACAUGGUCGACCUCUGGCGCGACCGCAAGGCUCGGCAUGAGUAUCCCAUACCCUCCACAGCCUCCGAGCCUGCUGGCGCAGGCACGGAGACUAAAGAGGAAGGGCAUGGCAAACGAUUGGCGGAUGUGACGCUGAGCGAAUUAAGUGCUGGUGCUCUAUCAGCAGCAGCGGGAGUCGCAUUGUCGUGCUGCUCGCUGGCGGCAGCUCAAAUGAAUUCCGCCGUGCUGCCAUCGUCGCAAUCCGUCGCACAGUCGCCCAUGCACCGCCUCGGUCGAGGUGAGCUCGUUAGGGCGUUUGCGUCGAAAAGCGAUGCCGUGACGGGGGGAAGGGAGACCGAUGGCAAAGGGGAAAUUAGUUCCGGGCUAGAGAGCAGCGGAGGAGGCGGGGCCGAUGCGGGGAAGGAAGUGCGCGGCGAGGGGGCCGGUGGCGGAAGCGGCGGCGCUGGAGGCGCGAGUGACGUUGAUUUCAUGGCGGCGGUGAUUAUCGACGAGGGACUGGCGGCGGAGGUGGCGGCGCGUGGGCAGACGGAGACGUGGAAGGCCUUGGCGGAGGAGCUGCGCUUGGAUGCGGCGUCCGCGCUGGCGCUGGCCAUGGAGGAGUUUGAGGAGGUGCAGAGCGGUUCCGGGGUGGCGGCUGCGGAGAUGUCCGUGCUGUUGUGCACGGACGCUUAUAUCAGGGAGCUCAAUAACGAGUGGCGGGGUGUAGAUGCGCCAACGGACGUGCUGUCCUUCCCGCAAGACCAGCCUGCGGGGCUCUCCCCUCUGUUGCUUCUGGGCGAUGUGAUUAUAUCGGUGGAGACGGCGCAGCGGCAAGCCAACGAGAGAGGCCAUUCACUCUUGGACGAGCUUCGCAUUCUCAUGGUGCACGGCAUGCUGCAUCUGCUGGGCUAUGACCACGAGGCACCCAAGGGAAUUUUGCAGGGCGCUGCUGACUCAGCGAUGUCAGAAGCUGAGCUGGCGGCGGCAGUGCGUGAGUCAGCGGAGCAGAUGGCAACAGAGGAGCUGCGGAUUUUGGAGGCAUUUGCGUGGCGGGGGGUGGGGUUGGUGGCUGCUGCGCUUGGGGAAGAUGGGGGAGGGGCGCAGGGAGGGGAGGAGGGAAGAGGAGAGGGAGGAGGGGAGGUUGGAGGGGAGGAGGGUGAGAAGGGGGGUGUGAAGGCCAGGAUGACAAGGAUUGGCAUGGUGCAAGGUGUGUGCUGGUGGGGGGACAGUUGCGAGGUGUGGAAGGGGUUGAGAUGGGUGCAAUGGGUGGCGAGGGAUGGAAAGGGGUUGAGAGGAAUGGGCAAAGAGAAGGAGAAGGAGAGAGGGAAGGAGAAGGGAGAGAAGAGGCGGACCAAGAAAGCCCCGUUCCAGCUGCUCUUGUGCGACAUGGAUGGCACGCUGCUCAACAGCGCCAGCAAGAUCGCCCCCUCCACAGCAGAGGCACUGAGAGCAGCCCACGCCAGGGGCGUGCGGGUGGCCAUCGCCACGGGCAAAGCGAGACCGGCUGCCAUGUCCGCCCUGGGCGCGGCCGGGCUGGUUGGUGCUGCCGGGAUCUUCAGUGACAAGUCCCCGGGGGUGUUCCUGCAGGGUCUGAGGGUGUACGGCAAGGGAGGCAGGGUGGUGCACAACGCGCUGCUGCCCAGCGAGGUCACUCAGGAGGGCUUUGAGUUCGCCCUGAAGCACGGCAAGGCACUUAUUGGCUUCUGUGGGGACCGCUGCGUGACACUUGUCGAUCACCCAUUGGUGGAGGCACUGCACACCAUCUACUACGAGCCACGGGCAGAGGUGAUGCCGAGUGUGCACCACAUCAUGAAUGAGACACCCAUUCAGAAGCUAUUGUUCUACGACACGCCGCACGGCAUUGACGGCUUCAUUCGUCCUUUCUGGUCGGCCGCUACAGCCGGCCGUGCAACAGUGACCCAGGCGGUGCCGGACAUGCUGGAGAUCCUGCCGCCCGGGCAAUCCAAGGGGGCGGGAGUGCGAGUGCUGCUGGACCAUCUCAAGCUCUCUGCUGAGCAGGUUAUGGCAAUUGGAGAUGGCGAGAACGAUCUUGAAAUGAUUGAGAUGGUGGGUUGGGGGGUGGCUAUGGCGAAUGGUUCCGAGAAGACUAAAGCUGUUGCGAAGGCCACAGUCGCAAGCAAUGAUGAUGAUGAAUCGCGGAGCGCAGGAAACGUGCAGGAAUCCGCGAAUGGCUCGAGCACCGCGUCGACGCCGCGCAGUCACAAAGAAAUGGAGGCGCUCGCGUACUCCUCCGGCCAGAGCCUCGCGUCGGUUCUUAACGACCCGCGCCUCGGCAAGGCCGGAAUUUACGGAACCGAGAACGCGUGGACGUGGAUUACCGCGCAGCGGCCGGUGGAGCCGGUUUUAGAGGGUCCUCCGCCUUUGCCGCCGGAAAUUCAGGAUUUUCCCAUGUCGGAAUUUCAGCCGUAUUUGCAGCGGAUGCGGGAGCCGUACGGGCGAUUCGUUGACGUGCAGGAGCAUUCCACGUGGGAGUUGGCCACUGGGGAGGCACCCGGUGCUGACGUGGACAGCGAGGGGAGAGAGGAACGGAAAGGGAAGGGUAUUCUAGCAUCGCGGUCAGAGGACCUCGUGGAAGUACACUUAGUUAAGGAAAUCUCUUCCCGCUCCGACUCGUUCUUCGAGGCCCUGGAAAAACUGGAAGAUCUGAACCGUGGGAUCGUGGAGACGUGCGAUCGCAUCCGUCUGUUGCGCGGCACGGUGGGGAUGCUGGACGAGGAUCUGCUGGAAGGAUCGCGGAAGCUGCAGACGACCAAGGUUCGGCGGGAGAAUCUGCUGCAGCUGCAUCAGAAGCUGAAGCUAGUGGCGUUCGUCCACCAGGCCAUGGCGACGUUGAAGCUGCUGGUGUCAUCGGGCGACUGUGCGGGCGCGCUGGACGUGAUGGACGACUUGAGGCGCCUCAUGGAGGGGCAGGAGCUGGCAGGGCUGCACUGCUUCCGCCCCCUCAACGACCUCCUCCUCUCCUCCUCCGAUGCCGUCAACAGCCUCCUAACAGCUGACUUUGUGAGGGAAGCAGUGCACGAUGCUGCUGACGUGGCACCUUCCGCUAUAGUCACCAGUUUCAACCUCCAGAAGAGUGUGCCGCCCGCCGCAACGCUGCUCUCGAUAGUCAACCUCGAGCGAGAGGGCAUGGAGGAGAGGGAGGCCCGCCUAAGGGAGCAUCUGCUGCCGCUCGUCAUCAGCCUGCUGCGCACAUCGCGCCUGCCUGCAGUGCUGCGAGCAUACAGAGACGCAGUGAAUGUGGACAUCAAGGCGGCCGUGAAGACGGUGGUGGGCGAGCUGCUGCCGCUGCUCUUCCUGCAGCACGCCGCUGCUGCUGCUGCUGCUGGCGGGGCGCCGGGUGGUGCAGGAGGGGAGGGGGGCGACGCUGCAGCCGAUGCCCUGAACGCGCCAUCACUGGCCCUCAAGCUCCGUGCCCUCGCCCCGCCCGCCUUCGUCCACUUGCUGCUGGCCGUCUUCUCUGCCGUCCAGACCCGCCUCGUGCGGGCGGCAGCCGUUCGGAACGUAGUGUCUGGCAUUGCCACCGCCGGAGCUGCUGCCGGUGCUGCUGCCACGGCCGCCGAGCCUGCCGUGGGGUACGAGGCUGCUGCCGUGGCUGCGGCGUUUGCUUCGGGGGCAGAGCUAGUGGUGGCUGCCGAGGCUGCUGAGUCGAAGCUGCUGGGGAGGAAAGGGGUGGGAAAAGCCUUGGGAGCGGGAGGGGCGGCAGGAGGCGUUGGGGGAGCAGCUGAAAGCGGGGAGGCAGCAGGGGGCGAUGUGAGCAGCGUGACUGCUUUAGCCACUUCCAAACAGCUCAGAGCGGACGUGUUGAGGGAGAAUGCGGAGGCAGUGAGCGAUGCAUGUGAGGUGGCGCACGGGCGGUGGGCGAAGCUGCUGGGCGUGCGAGCACAGGUGCACCCGAAGCUGUCUUUGGGGGACUUUGUGGACAUGUACGCUGUCACCUCCGACUUCAUCGCAUCAACGGAGCGGGUGGGCGGCAGGCUGGGCUACAGCAUACGGGGCGCGCUACAGUCGCAGGCCAAGGCGUUUGUGGAGACACACCACUCAAGAGAGAUGGCGCUCAUCCUCGCACUGCUCAACAAGGAGACAUGGACGGCCGUGGAUGCCACUCCUCACACUCAAGCCCUCGUCGACUUCUUCUGCACUUUCCUGGAUCCUUCUGCCGAAGCCGCUGCUGCUGCCGCUGCUGAUGCGGCUGCUGCUGUUGCUGCUUCUGAUGCUGCUGCUGCUACUGCUGCUGCCGAUGCCGCUACUGCUGCUGCUGCUGCCACUGCUAAUGAGGCCGCCGCUGCUACUGCUGCUGAUGCUGCUGCUACUGCUGCUGCUGUUGAUAUGGCUGUUGCUGCUGAUGCUGCUGCGGCUGCUGCGGCUUCUGAGCCUGCUGUGGACGGCUAUAGGGCUGCACAUGAGGCCGCGCGGGACACUGCAGCAGCCAAUGGGCCGAUGACAGGUGGCGGUUUAGCACAGGCUGGGGAUGGUCUGAGGGAAGAUGGGGCACAAGAAUCGGUGCAGCUAGAGCAGGCAGCAGAGGGUGAUAGGAGUGACGGGCAUGGGCAAGAGAAUGCGAGAAGAGGGGACGGUAGUGUGGCAAGUGAGGGAGGAAGAAGAGAAGGCCGCGAGGGUGGAACGGAGGGUGGUGGAGACGGGGCAUGUGUCAUGGUGCAAGGAGGAGCAACAGGAAGAGGGGAGGCUGAAAGGGUAGGGGCGGAGGGGGUGGAGAAGGGAGGGGAGUUGAGGAGGGAGGGAGGUGAGGGAGAAGCAGAGGGGUUGCAGCGAAGGGAGACGGUGCCAGGUGCAGCUGCUUCGGCUGCUGCAACCGCUGCUGGGGAGGCACCGCCUGUUGCUGCUUUAGCACCUGCCCCACCGACGGCAGCAGCGCCAGCAGCAGCUUCUGCUGCUGCUGCUGCUCCUGCUGCUGCCUCUCCUGCUCCUGCCUCUCCUGCUGCUGCCUCUCCUGCUGCUGCUGCCGCCCCUGCUUCCCCUGCCACUGGAGCAGCAGAGGGGCCCAAGGCACAGAAGAGGGCAGCCGUGAAGACUGUCGUGUGCCGGGGAGUGAAAUACCACGUCACUGGCAGUGCAUGCACGCUGCUGUCAGUGACCAGGGAGUACGUGGCGGUGGCGGAGGCACUCCCCUCGCUGGCAGGGGAGGUGGUGCAGCGCCUGGCGGACCUGCUGAAGCUCUUCAACUCGCGCACCUGCCAGCUCGUGCUGGGCGCGGGCGCCAUGCAGGUGUCAGGCCUGAAGACCAUCACAGCCAAGCACCUCGCACUCUCCAGCCAAUGCAUCUCCCUCGUCUAUGCUCUCAUCCCCGACCUGCGGCGCAUUCUGUCUGCCUUCAUCCCGGAUGCGCGGCGAGGGCUCGUCAUAACGCACCUCGACCGCGUGGCUCAGGACUACAGGGUGCACAGGGACGAGAUCCACAGCAAGCUGGUGGCCAUCAUGAGGGAACGCCUGCUCGUGCACCUGCGCUCGCUGCCCGCAGUAGCUGACACCUACUGCCGCCCGGACGACUCCCCUGCCGAGCAGCAGCCGUCCAACUUCGCGCGCGCCCUCACCAAGGAGGUGGGCGUGCUGCAUCGCAUCCUCUCCCCUCUGCUGCUCGACGCCGACCUUCGCUCCAUCUUCUCGCGGGUGGUGGCACUGUUCCACGUGCAGCUCGCCGACUCCUUUGCCAAGAUCGACACACCCACACCACAGGCCAAACGCAGAAUGUACCGAGACGUGGAUCUCAUUCUACAGUGCAUGCGGUCGUUGCCUGGUAACCCGCCAACGUCCUCUUUUGAUGGGCGGCAGAGAGAGCUUGACCAGUUUGUGCUCUCUAGGUUCGGAAACAGUGGCCUUCCUCCAUGA